GUUCUUCCGUAAGGGCCAAGUCCCACUACUAACCCCAAUAUACGCGUAUGAGGCUACUGCUCUCAUCUCUAUCUGCCUUUUCACCUAAAACCCUCACUUUUUCUUCUAUCGCAACGCAUGGAUCAUAUUCCUUCUCCUAAUUCACUCUCUAAGCUCUGACAAAAGGAAGGAACAAAAUCUCCUCCUCCUUUUCAGACUGUGUUUCUAGGGUUAGGGUUUUCUGGAUCUUGAUUUGUGGACUUUCUAUUAAGAUCACUGCUGUUUUUUUUGGACUAUACAUUAUAGUUUUGGUUUUGGGAUACUGAAUUGAUGCAAUCGCGACGGCUUGAAGAUUUCGCGCCGCAGUCGCCGGCAGCGAGGGUGAGAGACCGCCGAUUGGAACUGGGGGCGGACUCUUUCUCGAACUCUCGCCGGGAUGCGCCGGAGAGGCGGAGUUUGAGCCCGCAAAAGCUGGAUGUGGGUCGACGAAUUCCGGGUGGUGAUCGGAGGAGCAGUUCGGUUGAGAGGAGAGACUAUGGCUGGCAUUUGGGCGGCGGCGGAGGCGGAGGGGGAGGGAAUCGGGUGCUUUCGGGGUCGCCGCCGCUGGCAGCCGUGCAUAAAAGGCCUCAAUUUGAUGACGAUGAUGAGGUGGAAGAGGGGGUUGUCAUGCGUAGGCAGCUGGAAAUUGGGCGGAGAGGUGAAGUGCUGCGGGAGGCUUCGUCGGGUUUUAGUGGUGAAGCAAACACUAGUUUGAAGAAUUUAUAUGGUGGUUAUGAUCAUAGUAGUUCUAGAGUCCGAAAAGAUAAAGCUUUGAGUUAUAGCGACACCAGAUUGUCUGGAAGUGAGAGGCAUGGGAUGCUGGUUGAGAAAGAGAAUACAAUGGAAGAUGGUGUUAGAGGGUACUUUAGGUUGGCUCCUGAUCUGGGUCCUGCCUCUAAUUACGAUGAAACUGGCGGGCCUUUGACAUCUGCUUUUCGGGAUUCUGAUAUAAGCCGGUAUAAAGAUGAAACAUUUCGUUAUAGGAAUUCAUUACCUGCAGAUAAAUUACCGGUCAUGGAAUCAUCCUAUAAAGAAGGCGAGAAACCCAUGAUGUAUACCAGGGAUAUUUCAUAUACUAUGGUGCCAUCGCAUCGAUCCAAGGAAAUACCAAGCAACACUCAGUUCAAGGAGAUCGCGAGCACCUCUUUGAGCAUUUCACGGGCUGAUUUGCAGGUUCCUUACCAGGAUGAUCCACGUUUGCCUUCAGAUGAGUUUCCACGGAAUCAAACCGAACCUUUGGGUUUCCGUGGAUAUGGCCGAAGGCAGCUUCUUGAAUCUGAAAGAAAUUCUGAGACUGAAUUGACAGAUCAUCAGGAUUAUCUAUAUUCCAAAAUUUUGGCAAGGGAGAGCCACGAUUAUGUAUAUCCAUCUGAUGAUUUAUACAGAAAGAUGCCGAUGCUAGCUCGAGUAGACUAUGAUCAUAAGGACUCAUUAAGACCAGGUAUUAUUGAACGCUUUGUAGAUAAUGUUGAUGACAUUAAAGUUUCUAGUGGAAACCUGAGAGACAGAAGCAUUGCACGCCAUCCCACUUUACAAGAGCAGAGUUCAGACUACCUUGAUAUGAAAAGAACACCAAAUGCAUCAAAGCAGGGUGGGCUAUAUUUGGGUUCAGGAAGUAAUUUGGGUUCAGGACAUAAUCGGCUUGAGUUUGGAAGGCAAGUUUCACGAGAUCACGAUAUCUUGAAUUCUGGAAGACAAGCUUCACGAGAUCACGAUAUCUUGAAUUCUGGUAGGCAAGUUUCACGAGAUCAUGAUAUCUUGAAUUCUGGAGUAGUACAGGAACACGAAUUCUCACGCCUUAGAUCACAUUAUGUUUCUGGAGGAGAUGCAAACCCAGUGUCUCAGAAAGAAAGAUUAAAGAUUAUACCUGUGGCUGACUAUGACAUGGAAAUGCAUAGACUUGCUAUAAGACGACAAAGAAUGAAGGGAGAGGAGCAUGACAUUUAUGACGCAUCUGAUAGGAUCCUCAAGAGAAAGCACAGCAUGGAUGAAGAAGUAACUAGGUAUAAUUCUAGAAGUAUUAUUUCGAGUAAAUGGUAUACGCAUGUGCCUAGAAGGUUUCAGGGUCAUCUAGGUGAUAGUGUUGAAGAGAUGUAUGAUGAAGACCUGGCUGGUUUAGCUUCAACAAAACCAACAAGAAUGGAGCGCAAUGGAUAUAGACACUCUGAGAGGAUUUUUGAUGGCAGAGACCAUCGUAGAGGUUCUGCUUAUGAUUGGCUAUCAUCUCAAGAUCCAUUAGAAUAUGAAGAAGAGCGACCAAUCAAAUCCUAUAAGCCUGGUGGUAGAUAUAUAAAGGGUCAAAAUAGACCUAGCUCUCUAAGCUGGAAUAACUCGUACCAUUUUGAUAAAAGAAGUUAUCCAAACAAACAGCACAAAGUUUGGAAAAGAAUUAAAGAAGAUUAUUAUGAGGAUGUGGAUGCAAAUGAAAAUGAUUUUGACCCAUCAGAAGAAGAUUGGGAAAAUCCUGUAAAAUCUGAGCCACCUGAGGACUCCGAAGAAUUUAAGCAAUUGGUGCAUAAAUCCUUCUUAAAGUUUUCCAAAAAGUUGAAUGAACACCCAUCUGUUCGAAGAAGAUACAAGGAGCAAGGACAAGCUGGCAGUUUGUUCUGCAUUGUUUGCGGCAGAAGCAACUCCAAGGAGUUCAUGGACACUCAGCGCUUGGUGACACAUGCCUAUAUGUCUCACAAGUUUGGACUGAGAGCAGACCACUUGGGUCUUCACAAAGCAAUUUGUGUUCUGUUGGGAUGGAACAGCAUUGUGCCCCCAGACACAAUAACAUGGGUUCCUCAUGUGUUACCUGGUGAUGAAGCUUUGACUCAGAAAGAGGACCUCAUUCUCUGGCCACCACUUGUCAUCAUCCAUAACAUUUCUAUUUCGAACAGUGAUCCAGAAGAAUGGAAGCGUGUAACCAUUGAAGCGCUUGGGGCUUUUCUCAGAGGUAAAGGUUUUGGCGGGGGAAAAUUCAAGAUGUGCCUCGGUAAGCCUGCAGACCAUAGUGUUAUGGUGGUGAAGUUCUUGGGUACGUUUUCUGGACUGGAAGAUGCAGUAAAGCUUCACAAGUAUUAUGCUGGGAAUAAUCAUGGAAGAGCAGAUCUUGAGAAAAUAAAUUACAACAAUGGCAAAAGCAGCAACAGUACGGAAGCGGGAAUGCAGCCAGACAAACCAGAGGAGGUUGUUCUAUAUGGGUACAUGGGAAUCGCAGAGGACUUGGACAAACUUGAUUUUGACUCCAAGAGAAGGUGUUUGAUUCAAAGCAAGCAGGAGAUCCGGGAGCUUGCAGAUGCCCCUGUUAAACCUGAUUAGAAGUAACUGUUCAAAUCUGUAAAUUAAAGAUAGAAUAAUCUUGUUUAACAAGCUUGAGCUAUGUUUUUUCCUCUCUACAAACCUAUGUCAGUUAUGUAAACAGAGCUGUUAUGUAACACUUCCUCGUCAGCUCUUUAUGAAUUCCCAUAAAACUAAAUUCUAACUAAGUUUGCUAGUGGAGGACAGCCGGUGUUUGGGGGCACUUGGGUUUCCCUCUUGCUAAUGCAAUUUUCAGAUUGUUUUAUCA